CGGGUAAUUGCCAAAACACUCAGUUUCUCUUUCAAAACGAUUGGUUCAACUGUCAAAGCAAUGCACGGCGUUUUUCGUAUAGCUGCUAUUACCAAGAACUCUGCUGCAGCUGCACAGAGAGCAGUCAGCAAUGGCUUUCAUACCUCGUCAGUACAAGCAGCAGUUACUAAGUUCGGUAUGCCUGCUAUGAGUCCAACCAUGACGGAAGGAACCAUCAUCAAGUGGAAGAAGAAGGAAGGUGACGAGGUUGCCGCCGGCGAUGUCAUUCUCGAAGUUGAAACAGAUAAAGCUCAAAUUGAUGUUGAAGCUGCCGAUGAUGGCAUUUUCGCUAAGAUCUUGGUACAAGAAGGAGAGCGCGUCCCGGUCAACACUACUAUUGCUUUGCUUGCUGAGGAAGGUGAUGAUAUCUCAAACAUAGAAAUUCCAGCAGAUGAACCCAAGGAAGCUGCCCCUGCCGAGGAAAAGUCAGAGGAAGCUCCUUCCACACCUGCAGCAGCAGCUCCCACACCCAGUGAACCCAUUGAUCACCACGAUAUUGACACAAGCAAAUUGAAGAAGCCCUUGUCUCCCGCAGUUUUGAGCUUGUUGCUUAAGCAUGGUGUUAAGGAUGUGUCCAGCAUUAAGCCUACUGGUCCUAAUGGUCGUCUUUUGAAGGGUGAUGUCCUUGGUCACCUUGGUCUCAUCAACUAUAAGGCUCCACCUCCCUUCGCAAAGACUGCAGCACCUCCUCGGGAUCAAAUCGUCUUCGCCAAGCCUGCUGCCAAGGCUGAAGCCAAGAAGGCUGCUGAACCAGCUAUUCCUUUGUUCAUUAGCAAGUCUGUCGCUGUCGAUAACCUCUUCAAUUUACGUAGUGUAAUUAAUUGUAAGUUGCCAAAACAAAAGCUGACGCGGCUGGGGUGGAUGACAUCUAACAACUCACUCUGUCAUUAGCAACAUAUGGAUCAAAUCUCACUUUGGACGAAUUCUUUGCCAAGGCGGCUGCACGAGCAUUGCGAGAUCUUAACAAGCCAUCAGCUUCCAGCGCCACUGGAGUUGUUCAUAACGAUUUAGGUG